GAUGGCGGCGUCCAUACUGUGCAGGAGGACGGCAGUGUUAUGUAGGGCGUUAAAGGGUAUUUCAUCUUCAAAAACCGUACUUUCUGCGAACUCUCAAAGUGGACUUGUAUUGCAGACAGCGUCCUAUAACCCCAAACCCUUAAAGCUGAACCUCCACAAGCCGUAUAUUCCCGACAAGGACUGUGAGGAGACGCCGGAGUGGCAGAAGACGGCCCGGUAUGACAGAAAGCUGUACGGUCGGUACGGCUCAGCGUCGGGCAUCGACCCUGCAUCGCUGUGGCCGAGCCAUGAGGAGCUGGACAAGAUCAUCGCAGAGGAAAAUGAGUGGAACCCUCCUCUAGAAGUAAUGCUGAAAAACAUCGAGGCCAAGGAGAAGCAGGAAACCGAAAAGCGGCUGGCUAAAGAGAAAAUCAUAGCAGCUAACAUGGCCAAAAUGCCCAAGAUGAUCGCAGACUGGCGCAGAGAAAAGGUCGAGACCAAGAAGAAGCUGAAGGAGGAGAAAGCACGUCGUGAACAGCUGCUGGUGAAGGCCAAAGAGCGUUUUGGCUAUGCAGUGGACCCCCGCACACCCAAGUUCUUGGAAAUGGUGGCUGAAUUAGAAAAGGAAGAGCAGAAGAAGAGGAAACUAAUGAAGCGCAGACUGAAAGAGGAGCAGGCAGCAGCCCCCAUCACACCUCCUGCUGCCUCCUCAUAGUAUUGGACUGAGUCAUUUCAGACAUGAAUAACUGUUGGGCCUUGGUCUAACUGUAUUUAAUGAGAUGAGAGGUGUCUGCAUAACAAUAAUGUGGGAUCGGUGUUCAAGAGAACAGUUUUGUGUCACCUGACUGCAUGUGUAAUGACUUGGAUGAAAGAAAAUGUUUUUUUUUCCUUAUGUAAAAAACAGAGUUGUUUACCCUAUUUGUUAAGCAUAUGUUAAUUUUCCAUGACCUCUCGAUGUAUUUAGCUGCCACUAAAAUAAAUCCAUCUCUGUACAGCCUGUAUUCUCUCUAAAAUAUCUUUAAAGGAAGAAAAUUAGUACUGCAAGAUGACAACCUACAGAACGCAAAAGUUGGUGUAAUUCAACACAAAACACAGAUGUUUAUAUGUGGAAUUUAUUUAUGCAAAAAUAAUUUUUAUACAUUCAAAAGUUUCUGGACACUGAUCCAGAUCGGCCUAAACACUGAGUCUGAUUAAUUCAAACACACACACACACACACAGUGGACGUGAGUUUAGAGCAGCUGUAAACAGUUUUCACCUCUUUAGUAUCCAUGAAUAGAAUACUGGCAGCUGACUGUAAGUCAUUCGUUUCUUCAAGCCAGUUAAGUAUUUGCUGAAUUGGGUUUUCAAAGUGUUUUGAACUAAAUGCUUUUUGCAGUCACUCCAGAUCAGCACAGUGCGCUGAAAUGAAUUGUGUAAUAAUCAUGUAGAGCUCUUUCAAUGCAGUAAAAUACAGUCUUCACUGUUCAUUAUGUCAUAAAAUGUCUUACAUUUGAUAUUUAUAGUGGCUUUCAAUCACUUGUUGAUUAAAACAGUGUUUUUUAAAUUUUCUAUGUAAACAAUAAAAACAUUGUCCAUAAAGUAAAAUG